AGCCUGGCCAGGGCUGGGGCUGGGACAGCUGCGGCCGCGCGGGGCAUGGAGCUGGCAAGCCCGCGCUGAGGCAGGACGCGCCUGCUAGCAGCGAGCGAGUGGCUCUCCUCAUCCGGCGUUUGGGCUCCCCGGCCCGGGCUGCGCAAACUUUUCUUUCUCUUUUGCCCUCUGCAGAGGCGCCUUCUGCGGUGGCGGACCGACUCCUCGGCGCGGCGGGGCCGGGGCAAGCUGGACGCAGCAUGAUGCGUGCAGUGUGGGAGGCGCUGGCGGCGCUGGCAGCAGUGGCGUGCCUGGUGGGCGCGGUGCGCGGCGGGCCCGGGCUCAGCAUGUUCGCGGGCCAGGCGGCGCAGCCCGACCCGUGCUCCGACGAGAACAGCCACCCGCGCCGCUGCAUCCCUGACUUUGUCAACGCGGCCUUCGGCAAGGAUGUGCGCGUGUCCAGCACCUGCGGCCGGCCGCCGGCGCGCUACUGCGUGGUGAGCGAGCGCGGCGAGGAGCGGUUGCGCUCCUGCCAUCUCUGCAACGCGUCGGACCCCAAGAAGGCGCACCCGCCAGCCUUCCUCACGGAUCUCAACAACCCGCACAACCUGACGUGCUGGCAGUCCGAGAACUAUCUGCAGUUCCCGCACAACGUCACGCUCACGCUGUCGCUCGGCAAGAAGUUCGAGGUGACCUACGUGAGCCUGCAGUUCUGCUCGCCACGGCCCGAGUCCAUGGCCAUCUACAAGUCCAUGGACUACGGGCGCACGUGGGUGCCCUUCCAGUUCUACUCCACGCAGUGCCGCAAGAUGUACAACCGGCCGCACCGCGCGCCCAUCACCAAGCAGAAUGAGCAGGAGGCCGUGUGCACGGACUCUCACACUGACAUGCGCCCGCUCUCCGGCGGCCUUAUCGCCUUCAGCACGCUGGACGGGCGGCCCUCCGCUCACGACUUCGACAACUCGCCAGUGCUGCAGGACUGGGUCACGGCCACCGACAUUCGCGUGGCCUUCAGCCGCCUGCACACGUUCGGCGACGAGAACGAGGACGACUCGGAGCUGGCGCGCGACUCGUACUUCUACGCAGUGUCAGACCUGCAGGUGGGCGGCCGCUGCAAGUGCAACGGCCAUGCGGCCCGCUGCGUGCGCGACCGAGACGACAGCCUGGUGUGCGACUGCAGGCACAACACAGCGGGUCCUGAGUGUGACCGCUGCAAGCCCUUCCACUACGACCGGCCCUGGCAGCGCGCCACCGCCCGCGAGGCCAACGAGUGCGUGGCCUGCAAUUGCAACCUGCAUGCCCGGCGCUGCCGCUUCAACAUGGAGCUCUACAAGCUGUCGGGGCGCAAGAGCGGGGGUGUCUGUCUCAACUGCCGCCACAACACUGCCGGCCGCCACUGCCACUACUGCAAGGAAGGCUACUACCGCGACAUGGGCAAGCCCAUCACCCACCGGAAGGCCUGCAAAGCCUGUGAUUGCCACCCCGUGGGUGCUGCUGGCAAAACCUGCAACCAAACCACCGGCCAGUGUCCCUGCAAGGAUGGUGUGACGGGCAUCACCUGCAACCGCUGUGCCAAAGGCUACCAGCAGAGCCGCUCUCCCAUCGCCCCCUGCAUAAAAAUCCCCGUGGCACCGCCGACCACUGCAGCCAGCAGCGUGGAGGAGCCAGAAGACUGUGAUUCCUACUGCAAGGCCUCCAAAGGGAAGCUGAAGAUUAACAUGAAAAAGUACUGCAAGAAGGACUAUGCCGUCCAAAUCCACAUCCUGAAGGCAGACAAGGCGGGGGACUGGUGGAAGUUCACGGUGAACAUCAUUUCCGUGUACAAGCAGGGCACCAGCCGCAUCCGGCGCGGUGACCAGAGCCUGUGGAUCCGCUCGCGGGACAUCGCUUGCAAGUGCCCCAAAAUCAAACCCCUCAAGAAGUACCUGCUACUGGGCAACGCGGAGGACUCGCCCGACCAGAGUGGCAUCGUGGCGGACAAGAGCAGCCUGGUGAUCCAGUGGCGGGACACGUGGGCGCGGCGGCUGCGCAAGUUCCAGCAGCGCGAGAAGAAGGGCAAGUGCAAGAAGGCCUAGCGCGGAGGCAG